AUGGAUAGUAACAAGGUCGUUAAGAGAUACCAUAUAAAUAACAGAGGAUGGACCGAUAUUGGUUAUAAUUUCCUAGUCGGUGAAGACGGAAAUGUGUACGAGGGUCGCGGAUGGGGCAAGAAAGGCGCUCAUUCUAAACCUUUCAACAGCAAGAGUAUUGGAAUUUGCAUCAUCGGAGAUUACAGAAACCGAACACCAAAAGCAGCGGCGGUACAAGCAGCGACUAACUUGAUUGCUUAUGGAGUAGAAAACGGUGAAAUAAAGAGUGAUUACAAGCUUCUUGGACAUCGACAAACCUGGCCAACCGAAUGUCCCGGAGAUAGUCUUUACACAAUGAUAAAGUCAUGGCCUCAUUGGUCCGAAAAUCAAUAAACAAUAAUGUACAUUUUACUUAAUACAACGUGAAAUAAAAGUUUUUUUCAUCA